UCUGCUGAUUACAACACACCUUUAUCACAUCAGAGCAAUCAGCUCAUCGAUUGUUGGGAUAUCGAUCAGCAGAGCAACAGUAUCUGGUUCAGAAUCAGCUGUUACAGAAAAAAAAACGCGUUUUAAAAACGUUUAAAUCUGUUUUAAGGAUUAAAAGCUCCGUCCAGACAGCGGUACUAGUCUGGUUCCUCCCGCCGGCAGCAGCAGCAGCAGCAGCGGCACUCUGGAGGCUCACACGGCGCUGUAUCACAUGGAGGCUGCGGUGCUGAACCCCGCGAUGGUGGCCGACGUGGACCACAACAGCAACAGCCUGAACGCCGAGCUGGAGGUGAAGAAGCUGCAGGAGCUGGUCCGCAAGCUGGAGCGGCAGAACGAGCAGCUGCGGACCCGGGCGACGGGCACGUACGGCGGCGGCGGCGGGUUCUGCCUGUCCGGCCCGCUGCCCGCCCUCCUCCGGCAGGCGUCCUUGGGGUCGUUCGUGCCUCCAGAGGAGCAUUUCGACUAUUUCCUCCCGCACACGGGCGGAGACGGAGCUGCGGGGGAGGAUGAGGAGGAUGAUGAGGAGGAGGACGGAUCCGAGCCGUCGGUUCUGGACGAGCUGGAACUUUUGGACUUGAAUUCUCUGUCCUGCUCAGACGAGUCGGACGAGACAUGGUUGUAUGUGUCGCCUAAAGCUCGAGAGUCCUCAGACGACUCCCUCACCCCUCUGCAGUGGUGCCGACAGGGUCUGGACUCGCCCAAAUCUGAGGUGGAGGCCGCCAGGAGAUCGCUGUCCCUUCGACUGGAACAAGUCUCCAGGUGGCGCAGCUCCCUCUCCAGCCCUUCCCCCUCCUCCACCUCCACCUGCUCCUCCACCCCCGGCCCUCCUCCUCCUCCCCUGAGCCGAGUGGCCGGAGUGUCGCCCAUCGGUGCUUCCUCCCCUUUAGCCAAACCCUGCUCCACCCCUCAGCCAUCUGACAGACACGCUCCAUCCUUCUCCUCCCCGCUCCACCCGGCCCUCCAUCGGACGCUGAGCCCCAUAGGGAAGGAUCUCUCCCCUGUAUCUGAGAGGACUCCCACGUUCUUCCCUCACCAUCGCAGCCGCAGCCUGCGACGCUCCGCCCUCAGCCCCCAGUCGUCCAUGGACAGCGACCUCGGUGCCUCAGAGGCGGAGGACGACUCCAUCGCUCUGGGAUACAAACUGCACGACCUCACCGACGUCCAGGUGAUGGCCCGGCUGCAGGAGGAGAGUCUAAGACAGGACUACGCCAGCACGUCGUCGGUCCUGGCCAACCGCCGCAGCCAGAGCUUCACCUUCCAGCUCAGCCAGCUCAGCGCCGGCCCCGACCUGGAGGAGGAAGACGAGGAGGACGACGAAGACUACGGCCUCCUGCCCCCGCCGCAGCCACGCCUCACCCGCCUUCCGCACUCCCACACCUUCUCCAGCAUCCGAGACUGGCGAAGAAGCACAAGCUCCCUGUGCACCCCUCCUUCCACCCCCUCAACACCGCCGUACCCUUCCGCUGGGUUCGCCUUCCAGCCUCCACCCCAGGGACUGGGCCUGGGCCUGGGCAGCCUCAGCGCAGCCGAGCCCCAGGGCUUCAGACCCGGAUCAGCCGAUUUUGAGAAUAAGCUGCGGAGGAGCAUGCCUAACCUUGUCAGAGCUCCCAGCAUGCCCAGUGUGCCCAUUCCGACCAAUCCCAGCACUUCCCCUUGUUUGCUUCGUAACAGCCAGAGUUUUGAUUCGUCCAGUGGGCUGACUCGACUGCAGUCCUCCAUCCCCUCCCCCGGACAGCUGCAGAACAGGGUCCAGAGCGUCGGGAACUUCACCUCCUUGUCACGUCAAACGUUAAAGGCCACCGCCUACGUCAGCCCCACAAUCAAGGGCUCGGCCUCCAUGCCGACCUCCACCAGCCUGCAGUCUCUGAGCAGUGCUGGGGGUAACAGCGGGGUGGGCAGCAGCGGGAUCCCAAUGCUCAGUAAACCACCUGGUGGAGGAGGGACACCCACGUCAACCCCAGCCACGCCCCGCAGCAGCCUGCCCCGCCCCGCCUCCUUUGUUGGCACCCCAGUCUCCACCCCUCGCAGCAAGGCCCAACCAACACGAAGUUUACUGACUCCUCCAAAGAGCUUGUCCACCCUCAGUGCCCUUCGUGACAGCACCUGGAGAGACGGCUGCUACUGAAGAGACCCGGGUGCAGUAGUGCAGUGGCCCCGCUGGCCGGGGUAACUCACUACAGUAAACUGAUAACUUCACCUUAAAUCUGAGAUCCUGCAUAGAAUAGCUCAAACAGUGGAGGUCGUCUUCACGCGUCGUUAAUCAGAUUCUAUGCAGAAUUUCUUCGGGGAAGGCAGGUUGUCAUUUAGUCGUUUAGUUUUUUGGGAUUUGAGUGAGUUUGGUCCGUGCCAAGGGGGAGUCGCUCCCUGUUGCUCUUGUGCAAUAAAACCACUGUCUUUAGGCUACCAGUAAUACUAACCUGCUGAAGAGGGCUGCCAGUUUUUAUGAUACGAGUCUUCACAAUACUGUAUUUAUUUAUAUUCUUAUUAUUUUGAACAAAACGUUUUUUGACUAAUCAGGUGUUUUUUCCCGCCAACAAUGCUGCUAAAAAACAUGUAAUCAGUCCCUGUUUGUUUUUUGGGCACAUUUGGUCGAAUUUUUACAAGACGUUAAAGUAUGUAUUCAUGUACAAAUCUUAACUAUUAAGUGUGCAUACAUUAUAAAUAUAUAUUGAUGCAAUAUUAUUGAAUUUUAAAUGUGAAUCUUGACCAAAAGGAAAAUGUUUGAAUGUGUUUUACAAAAUUGUCUCACCACAGAUUUUGUGCAUAUUAACACUUUAAAAUUGACCUAUAAAGGGAUCUGUUCUUGUUGCACUUUGUAUCAACUUACUGAUAUUUUUACGUUCUGUUUACUGAUGUUUGCACUGCUUUACUUUGUAUAUCUUCUGGAUUUGAACUGAUACUUGUUUUUUUUGGGGGGGUGGGGGGGAGAGGAGAUUUCACAUUUGUACACGGCAUAAUGUAGCACCCUCUGUUUGUAAUAUUUGACUUGUGUUUUUUCACAUUUCACAAAACUGAUGGACUGAAUCAUUUUAAUAAAACACACUGAAUUAA